AUGAAGGGGAGCCACCACGAGAGCUCGAAGCAAUUUCCGGCGUUGGCUCCGGGACCGCCGCGCAUGUUCGCUUCGCAGACAUCGACUGCUGUCAGUAGGCCAAAGAAGAAUUCCACAGCCUGUCUGGCAUGCAAAGCAGCUAAGAGGAAGUGUUCCGGACCAGAUGCUCCAUGUAAAGCUUGUCGAUCCGCCAAUACCGAAUGUCAUUUCGAUCCAAGCCGAGACCUCAGACGAAAGGUUGCCGUCAAGCGGACGAUCCAGGAGCUCACAAAUCACAAAGACCUACUAGAGACUUUGUUAAGCACUCUCGGGUCGACUGAUCAACUCCAGUUUGACAAAGUGAUGGAUUUGAUCCGGAACAAGGCUUCAUUUCAAGAUAUCGCCCUUGCUGUUGGAAGCCCCACCACGACGUUCGGAGACCCCCAAGAGUUGUCGAAUGCCAGCAAAAUGGCGAUUUUAGAGUAUGGGGAGAAUCCCAUAGAAACCUCAGGCAACGAGGCGAGACGACCGUCGGACCCUAGCACUAUAGCAAGUUCACCAGAAGAGAUCCCAAACAUAAAACCUCCACAAUGGCCAACAGUUAGCCCUUAUGCUCGCGUCACACUGGAGAGCCUCUGCGACAUACCUCUCUUCGAGGUGCCGGCAAAGCCGUGGACAAAGGUUACAGAUGAUGAUUAUCUGGUCUCACACCUCGUCUCGCUCUACUUUACCUGGGAUCACCCAUGCUCGCAGUUCCUUGAUCAACGUGUCUUCCUCGAACAUAUGAAACGUGGUGACGGAAGAUCGGAGUUCUGCACGCCGCUUCUCGUCAAUAGCUUAUUGUCAAUAGCCAGCGCUUAUUCUGAUAGCCCUGAUGUUCUUUCCACCCCCGAAAACGUGUUCUCGCGGGGCCAGAACUUUUUCUAUGAGGCACAAAGGCUGUGGGAAGUCGAAGAUGAUGACCACGACCUGCCUAAUAUCCAGGCUCUCCUCUUGAUGUGUUGUGUAUUUAAAUGCCAAGGACGAGUCAGGAAAAGCUGGAUGAUGCUUAGUCAAGCUGUUCAGCUGGCACGGGAUAUAGGACUCUUCGAUGCCCCAGCAGGUUCGAAAAACAAGAUGUUGCCAGAGAUGGAACGGGUCCGCACGAUCACUGCCUGGGGUGUCUUCAACAUGAGCUCACAAAUGUCGAUUGAGCUGCAGAAAAUCGCCCCUUUGCCAUAUCCUACAUCCGAUGUCAAACUGUGUGGCAAUGAAGACUUUGACUGGACCCCGUACCCUCGCUCAAACAAAAUCACAUAUGACAAAAAGCCAGCCUGCCUCCCAAAAGUUAGGGAGGGGCUGGCUGAGAUCACCAGAAUCUUAGUCGAUGUUCAGAAGCUCGUUUCUGAAAAAGCCCGGGGCACCAGCUGUGAUGAGCUGUGGAGAAAAUCCCAAGGACCAUUUGAUUGUUUGAACACCUGGCUGCAACAAUGGCCGAGCGUGUCCGAAAUACAACAAAAUCCGGUCCCACAAGUUCUUCUGUUGCGGAUUAAAUGCCUCCAGGCCAUCAUAUAUCUGGUUGAGAUUUUGAAUGACCCCCUUCAGCCACAUUCUGUCCGACAGGCCCGGUUCUACCAGGUUAAGUCCGCCGAGGAAACUGCGCAAUGUCUUCGCAUCCAUCGUCUGUCGUAUGGCCUGAAGCAUAUACCCAGCCAGAUGGUUGAUGCCGUACAAACAGGACUUCGGAUCUUGGUACAUCAAUUGGAAGUAAGUGACCAAUCAAGACAGGCGUUUGCUGAGCUCUGUCGGUUUGGAACAGCUCUUAGUCACAGGUUCAAGCAAACAGCCGACGCGAUUCAUGAGAUCAGAAAGAACGCGCUGCACCUGAACAUCCGAUUAUCACCUGAGGCCAUUGGAAUAUUCGAUGAUCCGGAAAAUUGGAGGAGUCUUGAGCCCUGA